CCUCAUUUUUCUCUCCAACUCGUAUGGUCUUUCCUUAACGUCGGUUUCGGGGACUUUGAUUUCGUCCCGUUUUCACGUGGAGACAAGUCGUCCCACCCCGCCUACGAUCCUCCGUUUGCCUCAGCCAUCUCCAAUCCGCCUCCUUCCACGAUGCCUGGACGAACCUUGCCCACGAUCACCCGGGCCGAAGUCGAGUCGCACAAUUCCGCCGAAUCCUGCUAUGUGACCAUCGGAACGAACGUCUACGAUGUCACCGAGUUCAUGGACGGUCACCCUGGCGGCCCGGAGUUGCUGCUGGAACACGCAGGCCAGGAUGUGGAGGAGGUCUUGAAGGACGAGGUAUCGCAUCUCCAUACCGAUUCCGCAUAUGAGAUGUUGGAAGACCUUCUGAUCGGGUUCGUACCGACGACCAUCAAUGCGGCGACGAAGAGCAGCCAGCCUGAAUCAAUCGUCCCUCCUCGCUCAUGGAAGGCAGGUGCCAACGGGUUCAAGGCCAAUGGUGCAUCUACCGGCAUUGAAAACGGGCUGCCCACUGGAUACGUCUUCGAAGCCACCGGCAUGUCCUCCGAAGCAGACUUGACGAAAGAAACCAAUCUUGCCGACGACUACAAGACACACAAGUUCAUCGACUUGAACAAACCAAUGUUGAUGCAAGUCUGGAAGGGAGGGUUCAGCAAAGAGUUCUACCUCCAGCAGAUUCACAGACCACGCCAUUACAAAGGGGGAGCGUCGGCGCCGAUAUUCGGGAACUUCCUCGAGCCGCUGAGUAAGACCCCGUGGUGGGUUGUGCCACUGGUCUGGGUCCCCUGCGUUUCAUACGGAGUGUGGGUGGCAAGCCAGGGGCUCCCAGACUCUCAAUUGUUCGGAUAUUGGUUCUUUGGACUGUGUUUCUGGACGUUGCUGGAGUACAUCCUGCAUAGAUUCCUCUUCCAUGUCGAUAAUUAUCUGCCUGAUCACGGGAUUUUCCUGACUCUCCAUUUCCUCCUACAUGGCGUCCACCAUUACCUUCCCAUGGAUCGCCUCCGACUCGUCAUGCCGCCUGCCCUGUUUGCGGUACUCGCAGCACCGUUCUGGUCGCUCGCCCACGCUGUCCUCUCCUACAACUGGUAUGCUGCAACGGCUGCCUAUUGCGGAGGUAUCACCGGCUACAUCGCAUAUGACUUGACGCACUAUUUCCUUCACCACAAGAAGUGAGUUCAUGAUCACCUCCCUCCUUGUUGAAAAUUUUCUUACUAACUAUCCAUAGGCUUCCGUCCUAUUACCAAGGAUUAAAGAAAUACCAUCUUCAACACCACUUCGCAGACUAUGAGAAUGGAUUCGGUGUAACCAGUCCAUUUUGGGACCGGGUGUUUGG